GAGAAGCGAGAACCACCCAUGGAUAUCGUAUCGCCAUCCUCCGUCAAUCAUUCAACGGUCGGCUCCUUCAUUUCAAUGCUAUAUAUACGUCACGCACUCAUGCCAUCAUCCUCCGUCUAUCACUCAACGGCAGGGCAUUCGAGCUCAAGGAUAGCGGCGGCAAUGGGGAUCGACCAGCCCAUCAAAAGGAAAAGGGGGAGGCCCGCUGGAUCCCGAUCUACCAACUCCGAGAUGGAGGAGAAGAUGAAAUUGAUCAAGUGGAGGACGGACUUGCUGGACAGCGGCGCCGGCAGCAGCGAGAGUGACAAGGAUGAUGAUGCCAUACCAAUGGAUGAUGAGCUUGCUAUUGUUGUUGCUAAUGAACCUGCAGCAUUAGCAAUUCAUUGUGGUGACACGGACGAUGAUGACGGGGAGGUUAUUCCUAUAGAAAUUGUGAGGCCAAGAAGAGUCGGGCCUAAGAAAAGAAAGCUUCCUGGUGUUCCUCAGACACAAAUUGUGAGGCCAAGAAGAGUUGGGCCUAAGAAGAGAAAGCUUCCACAAGGAUAUGAUGCUAAUGGCCAUCACAUAAGUGUAAGGGAAUCUGCUGUGGCUAGAGCUGAGGAGAUACAGUCAAAUUUACCAGCAGAACAUCCUAGCAUCGUCAAGCAUAUGCUAAGAUCCCACGUUGUCAAGGGUUUUUGGCUGGGUUUACCAAAACACUUUUGUGACAAGCAUCUUCCGAAUAGAGAUGUCGGAAUUGUGCUAGAAGAUGAGAAUGGAGAGGACCAUCACACGACUUACCUUGGAUACAAGCAGGGAAUCAGUGCUGGGUGGAGAGGUUUCGCAAUUGAUCAUGGUAUUAAGGUUGGAGAUGUUGUGGUUUUUGAGCUUGUAAAGUCGACCAAAUUCAAGGUAUAUAUUGUCAGAGCAAAUGGAUUUACGACAGCAGAUGUAGAUUCCAAUCUGCAGAAUUUGGAAGCGCGCAAGAAAGGAGAAGAACAAAGCUGUGAAGAUGUCAUAAGUGAGGAGGACACCACAACCAAUAAUCGCGAAGUGCCUCCAAGUGAUGGCAGCAGCAGGAAUGGCAUCGGGAUUUCAGAUUCAGAGAUCGAUUUCGAUGACGUGACAAGUUUCAGCGACGUCAACGUCAUCCUGGACUGCCUGGCCACCGACUGCGAAUUCCAUGAUCGCCUACGCAGGACGUACUACGAGCUCUGCUGCUCCCAGAAGUCGCUUCUUCACGGGCACCUGCUGAAGCAGCUGCAGCCCACCCUCGUUGCGGGAGUGAUCAUGGAGACGGUCAGCAUCGCCGACGGUAUCAGGGCCUGCAAAGCGGAAGCCUCUUCCCGCGAGGACUUCCUGGUCUGGAAGAAGACGCUCGAGUCCUUUGAGCUCCUGGGCAUGAACGUUGCGUUCUUGCUCAAUCGCGUCAACGGACUCCUUGGUGCUGCUUCUCCGUCGAGAGAAUCCUAUGCAGAGUGGCAGGACAAGUACGAGGAGUUGAAACUGGAGCGGGCUCGUGCCGGGGACAAAAUGAAGGCUCUUGAGCUUCGGCUGUCGAAUGUGAAGGAUGUGCUGCAAAAAGUGGAUUCAGAGAUGGAGGAGCUGCAGUCCAGCUUGAAGAAAAGCGAUGAAGCGCUUCAGGAGCUAGCCUCUGCGCCAUGGUGAUUCUCAAUUGUGAAAGUUGCCACGGACAACAUUUUGGGCCAUUGCAUCAUGUUUAAUGAUGCUGAGGUUGCUAGUCAUGAGUUAUUGGUUAGUACUAACAGACUUCUGUUUUCCCGGUAGUAUUACACUCUUCUGGUAGUGUAAUAUUGUAGUUCCUGCAUCAUGUGCUUUGCUCUCAACUGAAAAAGGAGGUGGUAAUUUUAUGCAAGUAAAUGAUAUUUUA